GAGGAGAAGCAGCAUCUCUGGGCAGGCGAAUUAUGCAUGCACUAAGCGAGCUCUGAGAGAAUGGCUGUGGAAGCUAUCCACUGCAGCCUCAGUCCAAAUGGUAUCGAUCUCUCUGUGUGUACUGAAGGAAUUAGCCUGCAACUUGAAGAUGAGAGAGUGGAACCAACCUCACUUAAGAAAGAAACCUCUAAGUUGCCUGAGUUGAAAGAAACUCUCCAGAGACAGUCCCUGGAAUCAGAAGCAUCUAAGUUUCAUAUUGUGAAGCUGACAAAGCCAGUGGCCCUUUGGACUCAGCAAGAUGUAUGCAAGUGGUUGAAGAAACAUUGCCCUAGUCAGUAUCAAAUCUACAGUGAGUCGUUCAAACAGCAUGACAUAACUGGCCGUGCACUGCUCAGGCUUACUGACAAAAAGCUUGAGCGAAUGGGGAUUGCUCAGGAGAGCUUACGUCAGCACAUUUUGCAGCAAGUGCUCCAGCUGAAAGUGAGGGAGGAAGUUCGAAAUCUGCAGCUACUCACACAAGAAUUUUCUAAAUCCCCUGACUGGAAGCUGGCAAAGGCAGAGCAACACCUUGUACAGAGACCAAACUUGCAACCACUUCAGAAGCCUCGACAGAGAGUUCCCCAUAAACCUCACCAACCUCUAAAGCGGCGGUCCUGCCAGAUGAUAUAGAAGCGAACUUUUCCAUCUGAAAGAAUGAUAGUAAUAUUUUUUUAAAAGAAACCUAAGAAAUGGCACUGCCAGAAGACAACAGCCACCAAGAACUGGACCCAAAUCCAACUGAUCUGGUUAACACGAUAAGUAUUGAAUAGCCUCUGAUUCGCUGAUGGAAUCCCAGCGUGACAUGUAACCAACAAUAGAACUCUUUCCACCUAAUAGUUGGUGGGGUUUUUUUUAACACCGGAAAACUGUUUCCAGUUUCAUCACUGUGCGUGAACUUUAUAUUCCCAUUAGGGAACUCUUUGUGACCUUCACUAAAGAGGUUUGGGUUUAAUUGAGUUUUGUUUUUAGCAUGGCAAACAAUGGAUUAUAUUAUAUAUGCAGAUUGCAUGGUGUUUUUUAUGGGACCGGUAGUUCCAAUUCCGCACAUCCAAAUGUUCACCAAUAACCCUUUUCCCUAGCCCCCGAUAGGAACGUAGAAAUAUUUUGUGUUAGUGAUACACGGAAUGAUAUCCUGUUUUACGGUAUCUGCAAUCCAUACAUGGUCUCCACACAGACAUUCUAGCCAAUUUGGUGUGUUAUGGGAAUGUUUCAGGUACCUGCAUUGAGAUUUAUACCUUUGCGUGACUCACCAUGUACAUUGCUUCAGUAGCAAAGUUGGCUUGGUAGCUCACCUGGAUAUUGUCAUGGCUGUUUUGACUCUCCACUUGUAGAAGUAGUAGAAUGAGAGCACGUAUGUUCCUUUACUGCACCUACUCUCCAAAACGACAAGUAAGAUUAUAUUUCUGUUGCUUUGAUGCAUGUUAAAUAAUAGAGAAGAAAUUAAUGGAGAUAAAAGAUUGCUGUCUUGUUGCAAGAAUCCCCUGCAAUUGAAGACACAUGUAACAUUUCAGUAGCAACGUGGCCAGUCCGAAAACAUUCUCAUUGCACACUGUAGAAAUGCAGAGUUUUCUACUACACAGUCGUAGCAAAAGCCAGCUAUAAAAAGCGCUGAUCGGUUAGCAUAGGUGAGUUAUUUCUGGCUGUUUAAAAUGCUUGCUUGUUUUCGAUAGAACAGACAAAAAUACAAAUAGCGAACUGAUAAAUGAUUACUGUCUUACUCCAUAAGCCAUUUUAAUUCUUUUUUCCUUUGAAGGCACAUGCCCCAUUUAAAGUAGUAUAAACAGAGUAACAGAUUGAGCUUUGGGCUUGCUAGUAGUGCAAAGCAAGGGUGAAAUUCAUCCGGUUCCUACUGGAUUGCACGAUACAGUAGGGCCGACUGCGCGAAGCUCCGCCCACCCACAUGGACGUCAUAAUGUCCCUCUUUUGAGAUGAUUUUCAGCCUCUGCGCAUGCGCAGAAGGCUUUGCGGCACACGCAGAUUUGUGAACCAGUAGGGAAGGUAAGUGAAUUUCACCCCUAGUGCAAACCUAUUAUAGUGAGUACCCACUACUGUGUUAGUGGUAUAUUUAUCUUCCCUCCUGGAAGUGACUCAUUGAAAAUUAGAACGUCUGCUUUUUAGGGUGCAUCUAGAGAAAUGUUAAAGAUAAUGAAGGCAGACCACAACUUUUUGCAGGAAAAUAGGGUGAUUGUCCAUCAAGAUCUUCCUAGUUUCUUUCUAAAAUAGAAUUGCAUUUGUUCAAGUAUGUUCUUAAGCAGUUCUGCCCAAUGACAUUUUCUUCCAUUGACAUCCAACUGAGUCUUGGGAUUCACUUUUUGUUGUUGUUGUUGUUGUUCAUCUGGUGUGCCAUAUUGACCUCAAAUUCUUUUUCAAUCAGCUAUCAGCCAGAGUGAGCAAGCCAAAAUUUCACAGGCCAAGGAUAUGUUGAAAUCUCAAUCAUCUUGAAUAGUGCACUUAAGGAUAAUUUAUGCUACAGAUAGGUAUCCACAAAUAUAUUAUGUUUUGAAUCUAUCUUGACCCUCAGCUUUAUACCUGAGAUCUGUUUGGGGGGGUUUUUUUGCUCUCACAAACGAGUUUGAACAGAAAUGUUUACUUUUCACAUAACUGUAGCCGGCUUAAGACUGUUGCAACUAAAAUGAGCUCUGCUCUCCAUUAUUCUUUGUCCAGGUUUCCAGAACACGGCAGGUUGUGGUUUAAUUUUUAUCCUUACCAAUUCUGAGUCAGUGCUUUCCCGUACAACUUUUGUUCCUUCAUGUCUUCUGGAAACAAAACCCCUUUCUAGCAAAAAAAAAAAAAAGCAUGGUAGCAUCCGUAGAAAAGAAGUGUCUGAUUCCACUUGUCCCUAAAUCAAGCAAUGAUAGAUCUUCAGUUGAACUUUCUCCUGCUUGAUAGACUGUUACAAACUUGUGUGGUUUUCACGCACAAACACAGACACACACUUUUGCUGUGCAAUUCAUACUUUUCAACUUGUCAGUGUUUCAAGAUGUACUUGAAGCUAUUUUAAGAGAAGAGCGGCUUAUGUCCCUGCAUGGAUCCUGAACUAUUCAUCUCUAUUUCUUCUUUGAAAUUUUGUUGAAGAUUUCUCCCUAGUCUAAAUCAGGGGUGUCAAACUGAAGACCGGGGGGGCAGAUCCGGCCCACAGGGUGCUUAGAUCCCACCCAUGGGGCCACCCUGGAAAGAACGAAGGAUCGGCCUCUGGUGCCUCUGCCAGCGAAAAUGGGCUCCUGAGCUCCAUUUUCGGCUGGGACAGCCUCCUGCAACCCUCUGCCAAUGAAAACGGAGCUCAGGAGCCCAUUUUCACUGGCAGAGCACUCGGGCCACCACAGGCGCCCUGACACGAGUGACGUCAAGCUGACCACGCCCACCCCAGUCACACCCACCCCAGAUCCUUGAGGUCAAACACAACCCUGAUGCAGACCUCAAUGACAUGGAGUUUGACACCCCUGGUCUAGAUGUUCCAAUGGCUCGUGAAAGCCUUCACAACAGGAGUAAAUCCAAAGUCAGUCACGUCUAGACACAUUUUAGGUUUCAACAGAACUUUGAUAUGGAUAAACCACUUUCAAGGAGAAAUUUUUCUCUGUUGUGAUUAUUUGUGAAGGUUUUCAUAAUGUGUUGCCAGCAUAUGACAGAUCACUUUAGUUCCAGGGAUGUCCACUCAGUGUAGUUUUUUUAAAAAAAAUUGUCAAGAUAGGAGCUAUUGAAGUUCUGUUUGGUUUUUAUGUGUGUUACCAUGUGACACACAUUCAAUCAAUCAAGUUUAUGACAGUUAAAGACCAGAGAUCAGAACAAAUUUUAAAAAAACAAAACCUCAAGGAGUAUCCAGUUUAAAAUUCUAGAAUAAAGUAAUAAAUAACUGGGAUAAAAUCUAUAUUAAAAUCACAAUUUGGCAUCCAAUCUGUCAGUUACACAUAGCCUAACUAUACUAUAGUAUCAAUCCUUAAAUAGUGAGCCCCAUAGUUAUUAAAUACUAAAAUACAAAAGAGUAGUAAUGCAAAAGUGAUUGCUACAUUAGUUGUGUAAAAUAGCUAUGGUGGAUUAAUUACCUGUUUCCGAUGAAUCCCCAGUGCUGCUGUGCAGAAUCUGGCCACUUGCACUAUAAUCACAGUUACACACAUUAAAAAUGGGCAUAGUUUUGCAUAUUGUGUGUUUCCUCAACUUUUUUUUUUACUGUGCCCUCUAGACAUCCUUAUUUAGUUAUGAGGCUCCUAUAUUUGCAGUCUUCACAGAGAAAAGAUGGUGUGUGUCUUAUUACAUGAAGAAAAAAAAUACGUCCAAAUAUUAAAAAUGUUGGAGCAAGAAAGUAGCAAGGAAAAAGAGCAAUAGGAUUAAAGUAAUAUUCCAGGAAAAAAAAUCAAUUGCUAUUAGUCUUAGACAAGACAGUCACCAAUAUUAAACUCUAACAAAGAACCAGAUCUACAAUCAGUGCCUCAGAUUAUUAUCAGCUGUGGUGACAAACUUACUUGCAUGUGCCUCAGUAGAAUUACUACUUAGACUUUUUCAGCACAUUUUUUCCCCUUUCAUCAAUGGUUUAUUGUAUACACAGGUUCCUUUAAUCAGCUUCCUCUCUUAACAAUCCAUCUGCAGAUUCCACUGUCCAAGAAAAUAGGUCGAGGCCUGCUAGAUCAGAUCUCACUGUUAGUCCAACGUAAUAUUUUCAACUCAGAUCAGCUAAUAGCCUCUGAACCCGUAGGGCCUAAAAAUCUUCAUCUGUGCUUCCAGUUUCUGGAAUGUAUAUAUCUUAGAGUCCUGAUCUCUUCCGUUCCCCUUCAGUUUUCAACAGAAUUGUAUCUGAUACCUGCCUGAAAGAAUAAUAAUAAAUUUGACAAGACGGGCCAGAGCAGAGUUCAGAUUUUGAAUGAAGAAGGUCCUAACUUCAAUCACCAGCAACUUAAGUUAAUCGAAUCUCAGGUAGUAGGACUGGAAAAGACUACAACUGUCAGAUCUAGGAUGCAAAAAUCAGAAUGACCACUAUAUGGCAGUAUAAGGUUACGUAUUUUUCUGAAUCACUACACUAGGGACCAGCACAAAGAAGGACUAGGGGAGACAUGAUAGCAGUGUUCCAAUAUCUCAGGGGCUGCCACAAAGAAGAGGGAGUCAAGCUAUUCUCUAAAGUACCUGAGGGUAGGACAAGAAGCAAUGGGUGGAAACUAAUCAAGGAGAGAAGCAACUUAGAAUUUAGGAGAAAUUUCCUGACAGAACAAUUAAUCAGUGGAACAACUUGCCUCCAGAGGUUGUGAAUGCUUCACCACUGGAAGUUUUUAAGAAAAUGUUGGAUAACCAUUGGUGUAGGCAGGGUCUCCUGCCUGUGCAGGGGGUUGGACUAGAAGACCUCCAAGGUCCCUUCCAACACUAUUAUUCUAUUUUAUUUAAAAAAAAAUUGGUAGAGCAGCCAUGAAGGCCUUGGAAAGGACCAUCCAACCUUGUUAUGUGUUUGUACCUAGAAAGAUAAACAUUGUGCAAGCCAUGGUAUUCUCUGUAUUCUAUGGAAGUGAAAGUUGGACUUUGAGAUAGCAAGAUAAGGAAAAAGCAUUGACACUUUUGAACCUUAGUGUUGAAGAAGACCCCUGAGAGAAUUGUGGGCAGCCCAAAAAACAAAUUAAUGGAUCAUUAAACAAAUAGACCCCAAGUUCCCACUGGAAGCAGAAAUGUUUCCUACGCUGGAGGCUCAAGGAGUCAUACUUCAGGCACAUUAGAUCGAGACUACAAUUGAAGUAGUCCUCAACUUACAACAUUUAGUGACCGUUUGAAGUUGCAACGGCACUGAAAAAAGUGACUUACGACCAUUUUUCACGCUUAUGACCGUUGUAGCAUCCCCAUGGUCACGUGAUUUACAUUCAGAUGCUUGGCAACUGGUUCAUAUUUAUGACAGUUGCAGUGUCCCACAUGGGUCAUGUGACCCCCUUUUGUGACCGUCUGAGAAGCAAAGUCAAGGGGGAAGCCAGAUUGAUUUAACAACCAUGUUACUAAUUUAACAACUGCAGUGAUUCACUUAACAGAUGUGGCAAGAAAAGCCGUAAAGUGAGAUGAAAGUCAGUUAGCAAAUUUCUCACUUAGCAACACAAAUUCUGGGCUCAGUUGUGGUCAUAGGUCGAGGACUACCUGUACUGGGAAAGAUGGAGGGAAAGAGAAGAGGACAACUAGCAGCAAAGUAGAUAGAUUCUGUUACAGUAUCAGGGAAUACAUCAUUGGAACACCUGAGAGAUCAGAUUACAACUAGAUCACCAUGGAGAAAGUCUGCAUCAUUACUAGGAAUCCAAAAUUACCGUAUUUUUCGGAGUAUACGAUGCACCUUUUUCCCCCAGAAAAGAGGGUGAAAAUCUGGGUGCGUCUUAUACUCCGAAUGUAGCCCCGCCCAGCUUCUCAGACAGAGGUUUCAGAGGUUGAAAAAAGCAUCAGAAACGGAGCUUCAGAAAAAAAGCCCCAAACGGAGCUUCACAGAGCUUAGGAAAAAAAAACCCAAAUGGAGCUUAGAAAAAAAGCCCAAACGGAGCUUCAGAGGCUUUUUUUAUGAAUUUCUGUUUUGGAGGCUUUCAGAGACAGAAAAAAGUUUUUUUUGAAAUGGAAUUUCAGAGGCAGGAAAAAAAAGCUCAAAAAAAAAAGCAAGGCACAGAGUUCACAACCAAGGAACCUGUUGCUAAAAUUCACCUCUGGGAACAGCUGAUUGGGGGUAUUCCGGGAGGCCGAUCCACCUGCCAAUCAGCUUUUUUCUUAUUUUCCUCCCCCAAAAGUAAGGUGCAUCUUAUACUCCGGUGCAUCUUAUAUGCCGAAAAAUACGGUAUUUGAAGGUACGCCAUCAAAUCUUUGGUGUCAUCUGGUGGUCUUCUAUUUUCCUGCAUUCCAGAUCUGUUAGUUGUAGAAAAGACUUCUGCUUAAGGUUUAGAAGAAAUCUUGCUAGUUUGGCGGAGAUGAUUCUACGUUAGACAGACCAAUGAUCUUAUUCAAUAUAUUCAGUGUCAUUUAUUCAUGUAGCAACAGCAGAAACAUAACUGCACGCAGUGAAACUUGAAGCUUCAGUUCUGUUCCUCAAUAUAAAUAUUGUCCAUUUCCGUGUUUACUUUUCAAUAUUUGAAUACUGUAGCUGCAUCUCACCUUACCUUCCAUUUAAUCUUUUCACAACUGGUUCUUAAUAUUUUCAUUGUGGCACUAGUAUUGCUCUUUCCAAAUUCUCAAAUAUCAGUGGCCAGCUAUAGCUACUCAUUGAUUUGAUUGUGCAAAUCACACUUGCCUGCAUGGCUGCUCUUAACUUCUUGAAUUUCCCGAUGGAGUUCAUUUUUGCCCUGCAAAGUUUGAAUUCAUGUAAACCAAUGGUUCUCAACCUUUUCUUCACCUUUUGUGGCCACAGACCAUGGCCACCAAGACUUAAGAUUUAAGGCACUAGGCUGCACCAAGCCUUGGAGACCCCCUGGGACAACAUUGUGUGCCUCCCCCGGGCUCUGUGGGCCACAGGUUGAGAACCACCGAUAUAAACAAUUGAUUGGUUUCCUAAGUACCUACACUUCAACUAGAGACCACCUCCAGUAAUGCAGAGCCAAACACUUAAAUUUACUACUAAUACUUUCUAAAGAAAUCCCAGCUGCCCAAUGUACAUUUUGAAGGUCUAUGCCUGAUCACAUUCACUAGAAAUUCUGAGAGUUAUAUUCCCAAUCUAGAAUAUAGGUGCCAGCAUGGAGGACUUACUAUUAAGCAUUUUAUUCUGCUUCUUGAUGAUGAUGAUGAUGCAUCCCUACAGGAUGAGUUCAUUACCAAAAGGUGCAGCAACUAUUAUUUACGGUUAAAUAGGUCUCAAAUGUACAAAAAUUCUCAGGUGUUACUUUAAUCCAAAGCUAGAACUGAACAUUGGGUUGUGUACAAUAGCUCAUAUUUUGCUUGAACUUUGGGUGGAUAAGCUUCUAAAAUGUUUCUCCAAGUUCUACCAAAUUUUCUUCUGCUCCAUUGUUAUUAUUGUUGACAACUGCUUUCUUUUAGGAUAAAAUUAAGCACAUCCAAGUGGUUUCAACAGAACAGAUGUAAGCCUAUGUUUAAGUCUCUGGUUUUUUUAAAAAAAAGUUUUUAACUUCAGCAAGAGUGCAUUAUUUCAUUUAAACCAACAGUUCUUGAGUCUGGUCUCUCAUAAAAUGACCAGUGGGGAGUAUUUAUUUCUCAUGGGCCUCAGGCAAAUAUAGAAUGCAUUCUGACAUGCAGUCUGGUCAAAUAUGUCUUUAUUACCAUGAAAUUAAAAUAAA